CGGGAGUGCUAGAUGGUUUCGGAGCUACGUCACUUUUAACAGUUUUGUAAGCAAAUAUCAUUUGCAUCACAAUUGAACUAGUUAUAUAUUGGGAUUAUAUAAUUUGUUUAACAUUUACAAAAUCUUCUAGAACUGUAGAAGGAUUUAGUGUACCAUAGUGUCAAAAUGAAAUAUUGAUGCACCAGGGACGUUUUUUCUCAGUACUUAUAUGAGCAUUGGGGAUAGCCAUGGGGCGCACCAUGUUACUUGGGAUGUCAUAACUUUUCUGCCUGCCGAGGAAAUAUGAGUAUGGAACUGAAGUACUGGACACAAUUUAAUAAAACCGACAAAGAGCACAUACAUUUACUCCAUAAUUACAAUGAUACUCCACCGGACAUGCUGUCAUCUUAUAUCGGCAAUACGGAUAACAUUGAUCAUCAAACGGAUAUUCUCCAGAAGAUUAACGACCAAGAAGUGAAGGCCCUCUAUCCACUCAUAUUUUUCUACGCAAUUAUCCUGAUGAUUGGUGUAAUUGGCAACGCUGUGGUGCUCUUAGUAUAUACGUACCAGUAUAAGAGGUCACCAGCGAGGAUGUUCAUCUUGUUUUUGGCAUCAAUAGACUUUUCGAUCUGCUUAUUCGGAUUACCAUAUCAUAUGAUUGACCUUACUCACCCAUACACAUUUACCAAUGCCAUCAGUUGCAAAAUACUUACAUUUAUAAUAUCAUUAUUUUUUCAUAUGUCUAUUUUUGGAUUAAUAGUUAUAGCAGUUGAUAGAUAUUUAAAAAUAUGUAGACCAUUAAGCUCCUUUCAAAUGUCAUAUUUUGGGAAAAGAAGGGCAUGUGCUUUGGCAAGCAUCGCUGCCGUGAUGUUUGCAUGGCCUAACAUUGUUCUCUACGGACCAAGCGAAAUGGAAACAUUUUACCAAAACGUAUCGGGACAUGCGUGUUUCUUUACAACUGAAUACACGGAAACCAUUUAUCCAUUAUUUUUCACCAUGGUAACUCUAACACUAUGCCUUACAUCAACGGCCUUCUUGAUUGUAUCAUACUCUCUUAUUUGUCAUCAGAUAAUAACAAGGUAUAGGGGACCAUCUCGUUUUGGAAAAUAUGUUUACGACGAGGGUUCUUGUACUGAUGAAGUCACCAUGAAAAACUUCACGGUCCCUAUUGAAAUGAAGUAUUCACCUGUUCCAUCCAAAGAAUGCUUAAAUCCGUCAGAGAAAAACAUCAGGGACGAUUCUAGGAGGUCUAGUGAUACUUCAAAAGAACGGCGUGAAAAUGCGUCUCGAAAUCGGGAGCUGUUCCCUUACUCCAACUCAAAUGGCUCUCUGAUAGUUGCCAAUGAAACACAUUAUAGUGGUAGUAAAAUAUUCACAGUUGGUCAGGCGUAUGAUCGAAAUAAAACUAGUGUAGAAAAGGUCAAAUCUAGUUCCGAAUCUCCUGAAAGCGGUCGAAGACUUUUGUUGGCCCUAAGAGAGACAACUUUAGGAAAGCAGAUGACAACAAGUGGUUGUAAAUGUGAUAUAAAUGGAAGGAGUGAUGAACCAGAAACAGAACAUUUACUAUACAUCCCUCAUAAAGAAUCACUGGGUUCACCAACGAGAAGGUGCUCAGAACAAAUGAAUAUAUUACCAAAGAAAGAAGUGAAAUGGAAAAGAAGUCAGUCGUUGGUGCUUCCCAACAGAAAUAUGUAUUUGAAUAACUGUUCUGAUGACAAUGGAUUACGAAUUAAUCAGUCAAGCUGUGUUAGUAUUCCUAGCUCUUCGAGAUCAUCCGUAAAGAUGAAUAAACAAAACAUGAUGUCUAAACAACAUUUCAAAAUAACCAAAAUAAUGUUGACAGUUUCUUCAGUAUUCAUAUUGAGUCAUGCCCCAGCAUUUGUUAUUACAAUUCUCAGCACUGUAGAUACUAGCUUUUGGGACGACUUGACUGAAAGUGAAACUAUAUUCUGUGAGUUUCUCUUGCGGUUUUAUUUAGUAAACAAUAUUUGCAAUCCAUUUAUCUAUGGGUUUUGGGACAAACGCUUUAAGAAGGAAGUAAGGUUUACGUUUAUAAAACUGAAAUUUAAGUUGAAGACUUUUUUCCAAUGUCUUUGAAUUGAAACAUGUGCAUAAACAGUGAAUGGAUUACACAAGGGCUAAGCUACUGUAUGUUUGUUUGGUCUGUAUCCCUGAGCUGUAGAUGUUAUGAUUGUGGAAAGAUAUGCGGCUUAACAAGUAUGUAGAUAAAAUUGCGUAUAGAAACUUUUGACACCAAAGAUACUUUUCACCUUUUAAGAUGUUGACAAAGACAACCAAAUUAGUAUAGAAUAAGAACAUGGACAUAAUUUUGCUUUGCCAGUCAAUAAUAAAUAUACAUUCCAAAUAUUUGGACAACUAAUAUCUUAAUGUACAAUGAUCUGGGUCAACCUUGACCUUAUGACUAUAAACAGGGUGAUUGUUUAUUGGUCGGUAACUGGGUUUGUCCCUGUAUUUUUUCAUUGUAUUAUCUAAAUGUUUGCACUUGCAUCGAUGAGAGUUAUUAUUUGACUUUUACUCCGAAUAUGGUAUAUAAACAAUCCAGUGUAAUAAAUCAA